UCGGCUGAGACAGAGCUGUGCCUUCAGUUCAUUUCCAACCAGCUGGUUGGGGGGCAGCCAUGGAAGAACAGUGUUCGUUGCUGGGCAUGCGUUGGAGGCCGUCGAUUUUUGUUUUGGGAGGUGAGCUGCAAAUCCAGCCGCUGCUUUGGGAUCGGGAGAUCUCAUUUUUUCUACAUCCUUCGACUCAGGCUCCCCCAUCUUUCUUGCUUGCGAAUAUUUGCAUCGUUGCUCUCCAGGCUGGACCAGCAAAUAUUUUCACCCACAUAUUAGUCUUCACCUCUAUAUUCUACACAGUGAAACAGAUUCUGAUAGGAGCUUCAAGACUAAAUUAUGACAAUACGAUAUUGGCAUUUAUUGCACACAUAUGCACUAGCUUUGUGCAUGCUUUCUUUUCACCUAAUUUUAUUAUUUUCUUUUUCUUGAAAAAUUCUUCAGUCUCAGCACAUGUGUGUCUAAACUUUAUCUAUUCAAUCUCAUUUAGUAGCAUGAAAGGGCACAUGACGAAUAGUUUGAUAACAGCUCACUGUGUUCACAAUUUUCACUAGGAACUGAGUUUGAGUUUUGAUUCACAUCAGAAUAAUAACAUAGAUCGGUUUGUGCAUUUGGUAUUUGUUUUUGUGUGAUAUUUUUCUCUUAGGACGCGUCAAAUGUUUUGAGUGUUUUUUUUAUCUGCUUUUGAUUGCUG